AUGGUCCAACCUAUAAAAUUAAGCGAGCUAGCUAACAGAAAAAGACGUAAUUCAGCUGAUAAUCAUAACGAUAGUUCUGACGAAUCUGAGAUUGAUAUCAGCAGCACAGACUCAGAAAACGAGAAUCCACAGAACGAAGAUAAAGACGAUGAGGAGGAAAUAGUCAAUAUCGAUUUUGAUUUUUAUAAUGGGAACCCUGAGGUGGAUUUCCAUGCCUUGAAGAAUUUGUCCCGUCAACUCUUCGGCCCUGUGGAAAGUAAUAGAAUUCAAUUAAGUGGACUGGCUGAUUUGAUAUUGAAGUCACCCACAACAACUAUUAAGACAGAUGGUACAGAAUCAGACCCCUAUUGUUUUCUUUCUUUUAUUGAUUAUAAGGAAAAUAAAAGUAGCGAUUAUGCCAAAUAUUUGAAAAAGGUGGAUUCCAGAUUAUCCACUUUCUUGCAAACAGUCGAUAACGCGUCGAAUAAGACAUGUGCGCUGAUUAUGAGUGAAAGAUUAAUUAAUAUGCCACCUGAGGUAGUUCCACCAUUAUACAGAAUUACUUUGGAAGACGUGACCAAUGCAUUGGGUGAUGAUAAACAUUACGAUUUCUAUAUCCUAGUCAGUAGGAAAUAUGAAGUUAAUUUCGACAUGGACAAUGACGAUCAGGAUGGGAAGGAUAGGACUAUUAGUGCAGAUAGAUCAAAGAAGAGAGUGAAAUCUGACGAGGUUGAUUAUUUCCACGAGGAGGAUAGAUUAUUUGAGAAGCAUGCCAAGAUCCAUUUUCAAUCGGACGCCAAGAAGGGUAUCAUCAGCUCCUACAUGGUGCUGGACCAUGCAGGGAUCCUUAAGGGUAUCGAUGAAUUAGAACAGGAGAUAGCGACUUGGUAA